GCUACGUCCCCACCACCUCCCUGCGCCGCUCUUCAAACAUGGUGGUGUAGCGUCAGGGUUUUAAAAAUCGGAGACUCACUAAUUUGUAUUUACGAUCUCUAAACAAAUUAAGCUGUUUUAAUUUAUUAUAAGUUAUUUUAUAAGGAAAAAAAUCGAAAUAUGCCUAAUAUCAAAAUUUUCAGCGGUAGCUCUCACCAGGAUUUAUCACAGAAGAUCGCCGAUCGGUUGGGGCUCGAGCUUGGGAAAGUAGUCACGAAAAAAUUCAGUAAUCAGGAGACGUGUGUGGAGAUUGGCGAGAGUGUUCGAGGUGAAGAUGUUUACAUUGUACAAAGUGGUUGUGGAGAAAUCAACGAUAAUCUGAUGGAGUUACUCAUCAUGAUCAAUGCCUGCAAGAUUGCCUCGGCCUGCCGUGUCACUGCAGUAAUCCCCUGCUUCCCUUACGCAAGGCAAGACAAGAAAGACAAGAGUCGAGCUCCUAUUUCUGCAAAAUUGGUUGCCAACAUGCUAUCUGUGGCUGGAGCAGAUCACAUCAUCACAAUGGAUCUUCAUGCCUCUCAAAUACAGGGUUUCUUUGAUAUUCCAGUAGAUAACUUGUAUGCUGAACCAGCAGUACUUAAAUGGAUUAGGGAGAACAUUCCAGAGUGGAAAAACUGUAUCAUUGUAUCUCCUGAUGCUGGUGGAGCAAAGAGAGUUACAUCUAUUGCUGAUCGGCUGAAUGUUGAUUUUGCACUGAUUCAUAAGGAGCGUAAAAAAGCCAAUGAAGUUGAUAGAAUGGUUUUGGUUGGCGAUGUGAAGGAUCGAGUAGCUAUCCUUGUUGAUGAUAUGGCAGACACCUGUGGUACAAUUUGCCAUGCUGCAGACAAGCUGCUCUCUGCUGGAGCCACCAAAGUCUAUGCUAUUCUCACACAUGGAAUCUUUUCUGGUCCUGCUAUCUCUCGCAUCAACAAUGCCUGCUUUGAAGCUGUGGUAGUUACAAAUACAAUCCCUCAAGAGGACAAAAUGAAAACCUGCCCUAAAAUACAGGUUAUUGAUAUCUCCAUGAUACUUGCUGAAGCAAUUAGAAGAACUCACAAUGGAGAGUCUGUGUCCUAUCUGUUCAGUCAUGUUCCAUUGUAAUAUUUACAAUAUCUGCCAUUUCAGUACAUAUUAUUCUACAAAUUAUGUUUUCUUUAUCUUCCCCUCCUGCAUCAAAUGAUAAAAGAUGGUCUUUAUUGCUACUUUACAUUGUGGUAGACUUCAAUCAGAUCUGUCAGUGCAAAAAUUUAGGUUUUAUAUCCAUCAAUAGAUUAGAUGUGUACAGUUUAAAAACAGCAGCUGUGAUUGGGUUUAACAGGAUACAUUACAUAUCCCUCAUGGUAUUAAAGAGGGAGAACUUAUUUUUGUUUUAAGAAAUCAUGUUGGUGUAUUCCUGCCAUUCUAAUCAUAUUACAUUGAUUGCAACACAUCUGCCACAAUAGAAGCUGCUGGUGUUUUACUUUGAGCAGACUGUUGAUGUUUUAGAAAACUGGAAUAGAUUUUUUUUGUGUGGGAGGGGAAUGAACAUGUGAAUGUACCCCAUCUCAUAUUAUUUUCAAGUGAUAGCAUUUGUGCUCCUAUCAUUGAAACACUGUAUUUAAGCAAAUUUUUAUAUAUUUCCCAUCUCAAACACUUAGACUGAUGCAGAGAAAGCAGGGAAUAACUUGGUUUUUAUGCUGCCCUGUGCCUUAUUAGAAGUACGAUAAUUUCAUAGUUACAAAAUCCUAUUGCAUGGUACUGAUGCAUUGCUUCUAAGAUGUGAUUGAAUCAGCUUGGGCUGUUCUCGGUCCAUUGCCUUCCAAGAAAAUUUCAGUGAAUUGGAACCCUAGUGAAUAUGACAAGCUUCUGAGGAUCCCAAGCAAUUCUGUUUUGGGCCACAUGAAAGUAUUUUUCAAUGGAAAUUAAAUAUAAGAUUAUAUUUUUUUGUUGUAAAAUCCAAAUAACCUGGAUAACCCAAUUCUAACUUGGCCUGUGUUACACCUUGCUUUACUUGACAUCUUUAUUCUCAUUCUGUGUACAUUUUUGAAUCUUGUAUUUAAAAAAAAAUACAUCUUUAAUGACCUCAUUCUUUUUGGGUUACAACGUGAUCACUUCUGCUCAACAAAGUCUUGUAAUGGAUGUAAAGACAUUAAAUCUGUUGAGCUGCUUACACUUAAUCCAUGGAAGUAGCAAAUUGACUUGCUCCUUGUUUAAAGGUAAACUGUAAUGCUGAUGUAUAUUUUUCCAGUAGUAAUGCAGCUUUUGCAGAAAUGAUUUUGUGAAGUCUUGCACUGACCAUCCUGGAAAAGUAACUUUGGUAUUUUAUAAGAUCUGGUAGUCCAAUAUUUUGAAUGUGAACAACCUUAAUUAAUCACUUUGUUCAUAUAUCACUUGCAAGUUAGAAAUUUGGAGUUUGCACAGUCCUGAAACACAAAUCUUUUCCUUUGUGUGUAGAUAUUGACACCAUAAAAAGGGACUUGUCUUGGAUCUUUAGACUUAAAUGCUUAUUGAGGCCAUCUUAAUGUAUUGAAGGUUUAUAAGGAAUUUUAAAGCUAGUUUCUUUAGGAUUGCUGGCUUUGCUGCUGAUUCAACGGAUUCAGUUGUCAUUAAGUGUUAUCUUAAAUUUCACAUGGAUGGAAAAUGCCUUUAUUGGGAAAUAUUUGAAAUGCCAGCCUUCACAUUUUGGGGACUAGGUUCCAGUCAACAAAGAUAUGAAAGUAUGCAUGUUACCUCUCCAAAGCGAAGCUUGAAAUGUGCAAAUACACCAAUGAAACGUGGCUCAUAGAGGCACUCUCUUGGAUCAGGCAAGCUUCAACUUGCCAGAUUAGGCUAUAUUGACAGUACAGUUCUGUGUCAUGUUAUACCUGAAUUGAUAUUGCUAGACCAAGAAAGCAAAUUGGGUGACUAAGAGUUAGUGAGACGUGUGAGAUAUCUGAACUGCAUGUUGUCCACUACAAGAACUCUGAAUUAAAGCAAGUAAUUUAUAAUUUCUAUAUUUAUGUAGGAUGACAUUAAUGUAUUCAUUUAUCAAAAUUUGGAUAGUCAGGCAUUCAAAGUGGGAAGUGAGGAGAAAAUAUAUGUAUUGAUAAUGCAUGUAUGGAUGUUAUGGAUAGUGUUGUGGUUCAUUCUGGGUUUUACUCAUAAACUGGCCCCAAGCUUCUAUGCUUUUUGGAUUUUCUUCUUCUGCUGUUCAGGAAUCCUGCAGAUUUAUCUCUGCUUAUCUGUGAAGUUCAAGAAAAACAUUUUGCUCCAGGAGGCUGCAUUGUCAUGUACAAUGUUUUUGGCUGGAAUUUGGAUUGGAGUUGCCUCAUAUUUGUAUGUACAAUUCAAAUAUCUGACAUGUGCUUAGAAUUUUAUUUUAAAUCAUUUUGAAUGUGGCAAAUAAUCCUACACCGUUGUUAGGAUAGUUUCUACAUAUUAAAAGCAAAUCUGCAAUCA